AUGUUGCCUUCAUCGAUGCGCCGAGUCGUCUCCGCCGUCUCCUCCGCCCCUCAGACAGGCAUCGUGUCUUCCUUCGCCUCAACCACUCCCAAGACUACUCCUGUCUUUAUUCGGGCACACCAGCGACGAUGUUCCUCUUCAAAACCUUCGAAAUCCGAUAGCGGCUCCAAUGAGAUCUCAGCUGGACAGUCCGUCCCUGCGGCCGCAACACCCAAGUCUGGCAGCGAGAAGCGAAAGCGCAAGAGCAGCAAGGAUACCUCCGAUCGAUCAGCUUCUGUGAAGAAGUUGCCCAGCGUUCCCAACACGCAUCACAUGUCACAAGAAGCUCUCGGCCUGUCAAGUUUCUUUUCACUACAUAGGCCCAUCUCUGUCACUCAGACCAUGCCACGAGCCGUAACCGAUGAGCACUUUGCCUCAAUCUUUGCUGCCCGAACCAGGAACAACAAACUGGCCGAGACCGAAUCUACUCUCGCCAGCACUAUCGAGCAGCUAGAAGGCCCUAUGGCUCAGAUGACGAUUGGCGGGGAGGGCCACGAGGGAAUGCACAAGGUCGACAUCAAGAACCCAGACGGCACCGAAUCAAGCAUGUACCUCCAGAUCGACACCAUGUCCGGCGAAUUCUUACCAUUUCGACCCCCUCCUCUGCCUCAACCCGAGGCUGCUGGUGAGGCAAGCAGCGCUGUUGCGGAAGCCGAGGCAGCGGAGGACGUCCCUCAACACCGUGUAUACAAGGCCCUCUUCACCAUUGAGGAGUCUACCGAUCCCGAUGGUCAGAUCCGCAUCAUGGCCCACAGCCCCCGAAUCGUCCAGGAUGCCCAACCGCGGAGCUUCCUUGAACGCUUGGCCCUUCGUCAGCUCAAGUUCGAUGAGGCCCAGGGCCGCCGCGAUAUGCACGCCAUUAGUGUCAAACGACAACGAAAGCUGAAGAUGAAGAAGAAGAAGUAUAAGAAGCUCAUGAAGAGGACGCGAGUCCUGCGCCGCAAGUUGGAUCGAACUUAA